AUGUGAUUACAUUGCCAUACUAUCCUCACAUUAUCUGCCUCAUCCCGAGAGACUUGGCAAGAGCAGUUGCUUGUCUACAAGCAAGGUAAACUAAAUUUUCAUUAUCACUUAUGAAACUAUUUAUCAUUUUAAUGAUAUUAAAUCAAUUGUUCUUGCUGCCUUUAAAGUUACGAAUGUGAAGAGUGCAUGUAUGUUUUCACACUGUGAUUUUGUGUUAAUUUCUAAUUACCGGAGCAGGUAUCUGUCAGACUUGAUUCAUUUCCUAUAGGUUCAGUUAUUCAUAGCACCAUGACUGAAAUUAUAACAUGAUCAUAUCAUGAAUGCUUUAUUUAUGAGGAGCCAUGACAAUCAAUGCACUAUGAAUUAGAUUGACACUACUACCACAUCUACAUACAGGAGUGGUGUUGUGCCAUCACUGACAUUUAAAUAAAAGUCUUCAGAAUGUUUGUUUGUUUAUGAUAUUGCAGUUGUAGUGUUAGCGCUCAUUUUCACAAUCCGUAACUAAUGUUUUUUUUUUAGAAUGGAAUUCCAAAACUUCAUGUGAAUUAUUGACAGAGGUGUUUACUCAAUAAUUUAUUAGAUUAGUUUGUAGAUGUGUUGUAGUUAUGAAAACAGUCACGCCCAAUGAAUGGACUUUCGAUUGUGAGUAUGACUUCAGUGCUUCAUAUGAUCAUGUUGCAUGGUCUAAAGUGGAGAGGUGGAAUAAUAAGAGUCACAUUAUCCUUAGACUUCUUAUAUAUGCCAUCUUUACCUAUUAUUUUGUUAUAAAAAAAGAUCAACUAAGGUCCAAACAUGGACAAGAAGUUGGACCUGUCCAGACUAACAGAAGAGGAGGCCAAACAUGUGUGGGAAGUCAUUCAGAGAGACUUUGUCCUCAGAAAGAAGGAAGAGGAGAGGCUUGGGGUGCUUAAAUCCAAAAUUGAGAAGGAAGAAACAAAGAGGGAACUCCUGGGGUCUCAGUCAAACCUGACCGACUCUCACUGUAUCCACUGCUUGCAGCCCUUUAAGUUCCUGGUGAACAGCAAACGGCAGUGUGUGGACUGUAAACUCUACGCCUGCAAGACCUGCAGCCGCUACAACAAAAAGGAGCGUGGCUGGGUAUGCGACCCCUGCCGUAUGUCCAGAGUCCUGAAAAUUGGAACUUUGGGGUGGUACCAUGACAAUGUACGCUCGCGCUUCAAGCGUUUUGGCAGCGCAAAAGUGAUGAGGUCACUGUACAAGAGAUUAAAUGAAGAGGGGCACCGUGAUGAUGACAUACAGAGCAUGCCUGAUGUGCGCAAUGUAUAUAAUGGUCAUGAAGAUGAACAUUUGGAUGCAUCUGAAGUGCAACGUUAUAAGCAGAUGCGAAAGACCAAGCGUCUUCUCUCUGUCCACCCCAUGGAUCUUGACAUGGAUGAUUAUAGCACUCACUCUCGCAGACAGUCCCUCCAGUACAUCCAUGAAGACAGAGGUCAGCGGAAUGAUGUAGAAUACAACUCUGACAUAUACCAUCACCAUUAUCAUCGCAUGAACCGCAGGAAAAGUCUUGACAGGUUCUCGCGCCCAGAUGAUGGCACAUACUCUGAAAACAGAAUGGUACGUGCUCGCUCUCUCUCUAAAAUCAACUCCUCUGUGGCUCCACGCCCGAUCUACCUGGAUACUUCAGAGGAGGAUGAUGCAUUCAAUUACCCCGUAUAUCAGCUGCCCCCACGCCGCCACAGUCGAGCAUCAUCUCAGGAAAACAUUCAUCAGAGUGCCCCACCGAUCAAUGAACUGAACAAGAGAAUGUCUGCCAUUGAGAGUCUCUUAAAUCGACUGGAAGAGAAAAUGACUUUGUCUCCUGAUCAGCCUGUUCAACCCACAGCAGGGCAGAUGGAGGAGGAGAAGCUGAGGAGAAAACUAGAUGAGCUGAUGAGUGACAAGGCACUUUCCUCUGAUGAAGAUGAGCCUAAGAGGCCUCCUCAGUCCAAAGGAUCUACUGUGAGGGGGGACCAGGGACCAGUGGCCCCUGCAUCCCAAGAACCCCUGAGCUCAUCCAGUGAUGAGAUGCCCACUGAAGCACAAAAGUUGUACAUGACUGCAGGGAAGUCCUUCAAUAUGGUUAAAAAGUUGCAAAAGAUUGAACAGAAUACCAAGAAUCACUACGGAGGCCCAUUAACUGAUUCAGAGCUCUCUGACCUGGAGGACCAGGUUACUUUGGCAGCUGCCAAAGUUCAGAGCACAGAAAGUGAGGUAUCAGACAUUGAAAUCAAGAUAGCUUCUCUAAGUGCUAAAGGAUUAUCAUUUGAUAAAGCCAAGAAAAAGGUGACUGCACUGACUAUACAACAAAAAAGGAAGAUUUCUCAAGACAGAGUACGCAUUUAAGUGUGAAGAACAUCAUGCUAAAUUCUUUAACAUUUUGAAUAUUCCCUAUGCCAUGAGAUCUGUGCUUGACACUUGAUAUCUGUGCCUAUAUUACUAUAGUUCUUCAUCAUAUGUUCAAGAUAUUUGAAAAUGAUCUUGACUAAACACUAGUAAACCCUUUAUCUUGUGUAAAUUGUAUUUAGCAACUUGAUCAAAUCCCAAUUUAGCUCAAAUUAACAUUAGUUAAAAUGAUAAAAUAGUUUACAGAAAAUAGGUGUCUAAUAAGAAUUCAUGUCAAGAAAAUAGGAUUAAUUUCUGUUAAUGUCUUACUUUUCCUGCUUUGUUCUUCAAAUUGAUUUUCCAAAGAUUUUAAUAAUUAAAUUGGGAUGGGGUAUGUUUUUCUUUAGUCCAUUAACAGUCUUUUUGGAGGUACACUAAAGAUGUAAUUUUAUCAAGCUAACCAAACACCCAAUUGUACCCUUAGAAAAUGCAAUGUAAAACAACCUGUUUGUGAUGCAUUUGCUGUUUGAAUGAAGAAAAAGAAAAAACCUAAGAAGACGUUAAACUACUCCAAAAUGUUUUGCUGGUCUUAGCUGGUCACCCAAUCUGUCGGCUAGUUUCAAAAAACAGCUUGGUGAGGCUGGGAAACCAUCUUUUUCAGCAGGGUUUUAGUAUUCUAGUGAGCAUUACCAGAGGCUUUAUUAUAGAUAAUGCAGGGAAGAAGGGGAUAAUUGUUGGAUUCUAACCAGCCAAAACUGAUCCCCCCUUGCUGCAUUUACUUUCCCCUUGGGGUCGAUUGUUGAAGACUGUGCUGACCUCUAGAGGAUACUUAAAAAAAAGGCUAACACGUUUAAUCCUAUAUAGUAUAUACUGUACAGCAUGAACCUUGUAGUUGGGAAUAUUUUAUUCUUCCUAUAGCCUAAUUAAAUUGACCAGACUUAAUAUUUACAUAAUAGUCAGAAUUAUGAGAAUACAUCAAACACAGCAAAUUAAACAAUAAAACUGAUAUUUUUUUAGGUUAAAAAUAUAACACACACAGAUAUAUCUAAACGGUUUAUAAAACGUUUUAUCUCCAUAGAGGGCUCUUUUAACAACGACCAUGAAAAUUAUGGCAUGAAACGAUGCACCAAGUAGCAACAUAAAUUGUUGUUAUCUAAUAAUGCCUCUUGAUGGCGCUAAUGCACCAGCCCAGACAACAGUGUGGUACGACGUUCCAAUCAAAUAUGAAUAAAAUGCAGUAGAUAGAUAGAUAGAUAGAUAGAUAGAUAGAUAGAUAGAUAGAUAGAUAGAUAGAUAGAUAGAUAGAUAGAUAGAUAGAUAUAAUUAGAUGAAUCCUAUUCAUUUUGUGAACUAAAAUGCAAAAAGACGGAAAUCAUUAAAAUGCAAGGUCAGGUCCCGCCCACAUGUCCCCGCCCACUUUUCGCGCAGCGUCCAAGCACGGACUGAAAUCUGACCGUGUGGCAUUGGGCUGCUGUGUAUUCUCAUCCUAGGGCCGCUCAUCAUCCGGGUUCGAUUUGCCCUAGAAACAAAUGCAGCUCUGGUCCGAUGACUUUAUUAUUCAUUCGUUUGGUUUGACGUACCGAACUAACAUAUUAAGGAAUAUUAAGGGAAGACGGGCUAUAUUCUCAGGACUACCUGCGAUCUAUCGUACUCAUGGCGAAUCAGCAAACUGUCCUCUUCCAUCCUAUCCGUGAUGUUUUGACAUAUCGAUGUGUCGUUUGAUUGUGCAACAGGCUCCCGCCAUAUAUUCGUGCGGUUUAUGGAGACGAUGGGGGAUCAAAGGGAGGAUGUGUC